CCUCCAUCCUCUUCCCCCUCCCGGCCCGCUCGCCGGGCUGCCGCGAGACCUCGCCCCUCCUCUGCUCCCGCCUCCCCACCGUCGCCGCCUCUAAUGAGCAUCUCUGCCUUGCUUUCAAUGGGCCGGUGCUGCUGUCGCUGCUGCUGCCCGCGCGGGUUGUGGAUGUUGUCGGCUCCGUGUUGUGAUGACAGGAGAAUGUGUGUGUGUCCCGGGCCCAGACGAAUUGGAAUCCCAGUCAGAAGUUCCAGCCUGCCGCUGUUCUCUGAUGCCAUGCCAGCACCGACUCAAUUGUUUUUUCCUCUUGUCCGUAACUGUGAACUGAGCAGAAUCUAUGGCACUGCAUGUUACUGCCACCAUAAACAUCUCUGCUGUUCGUCACCCUACCUUUCUCAGAGUCGCCUGAGAUACACACCCCAUCCAGCAUAUGCUACCUUUUGUAGGCCAAAGGAGAGCUGGUGGCAGUAUACCCAAGGGAGGAGAUAUGCUUCCACACCACAGAAAUUUUACCUCACACCUCCCCAAGUCAACAGUAUCCUUAAAGCUAAUGAAUACAGUUUCAAAGUGCCAGAAUUUGAUGGCAAAAAUGUCAGUUCCAUCCUUGGAUUUGACAGCAAUCAGCUGCCUGCAAAUGCACCCAUUGAGGACCGAAGGAGUGCAGCAACCUGCUUGCAAACUAGAGGGAUGCUUCUGGGGGUUUUUGAUGGCCACGCAGGCUGUGCUUGCUCCCAGGCAGUCAGUGAAAGACUCUUUUAUUACAUUGCUGUCUCUUUGUUACCCCAUGAGACUUUGCUGGAGAUUGAAAACGCAGUGGAGAGUGGUCGGGCACUGCUGCCCAUCCUCCAGUGGCACAAGCACCCCAACGAUUACUUCAGUAAGGAGGCGUCAAAGUUGUACUUCAACAGCUUGAGGACUUACUGGCAAGAGCUUAUAGACCUCAACACUGGCGAGUCAACUGAUAUUGAUGUGAAAGAGGCUUUAAUUAACGCUUUCAAGAGACUUGAUAAUGACAUCUCUUUGGAGGCUCAAGUUGGUGAUCCCAAUUCUUUCCUCAAUUACCUGGUGCUCCGGGUGGCAUUUUCUGGGGCCACUGCUUGUGUGGCCCACGUGGAUGGUGUUGACCUCCAUGUGGCAAAUACCGGGGAUAGCAGAGCCAUGCUGGGCGUGCAAGAAGAGGAUGGCUCUUGGUCAGCAGUCACGCUCUCUAAUGACCACAAUGCUCAGAAUGACAGAGAAGUGGAGCGGCUGAAGUUGGAACACCCAAAGGGUGAGGCCAAGAGUGUGGUGAAACAGGACCGGCUGCUCGGCUUGCUCAUGCCUUUUAGGGCGUUUGGAGAUGUAAAGUUCAAGUGGAGCAUUGAUCUUCAAAAGAGAGUGAUAGAGUCUGGCCCAGACCAGUUGAACGACAAUGAAUAUACCAAGUUUAUCCCUCCUAAUUAUCACACACCUCCUUAUCUCACUGCUGAGCCGGAGGUAACUUACCACCGAUUAAGGCCACAGGAUAAGUUUUUGGUGUUGGCUACUGAUGGGCUGUGGGAGACCAUGCAUAGGCAUGAUGUGGUUAAGAUUGUGGGUGAGUACUUAACUGGUAUGCAUCACCAACAGCCAAUAGCUGUUGGUGGCUACAAGGUGACUCUGGGACAGAUGCAUGGUCUUUUAACAGAAAGGAGAGCCAAGAUGUCCUCAGUAUUUGAGGAUCAGAAUGCAGCAACCCAUCUCAUUCGCCAUGCUGUGGGCAACAACGAGUUUGGGGCUGUUGAUCACGAGCGCCUCUCCAAAAUGCUUAGUCUUCCUGAAGAACUUGCCCGGAUGUACAGAGAUGACAUUACAAUCAUUGUAGUUCAGUUCAAUUCUCAUGUUGUAGGGGCAUAUCAAAAUCAGGAAUAGGGAGUGGUUCUUACCUGGCAAUUCUUAAACUAAAGGGCAGAGUGUUUAAAAGAUACUAAUGUAAUAAACAUUUCCAGUGGGUCAUUCUAAACACUUACCUGGUUAAUAGUCUAGGUAGUCCAGUAUUCCCUAUUGACUUUGCAGCAGGGUGAUAAGAUCUAGAGUGUCUGGUUCUGCCUAGUUGGGACCUCACUCACAGCACCUACACUUGAGACAAGUCAGUUUCCUACCGCAGGUGUCAAGACAUUGACUUCUUUUUACCAACCAGAGAAAAUCAGGACUAUCUGGCAAACAAAAUCUUGAAUAGGCCAAAAGCCAGGAUCCUCCCAUGUGUAUUUUCUUGGUAGAAGGAAACAAGCAUUACUGUUCAUACCUGCACAUCCCUUUCUUCACUAAGAUUCUAAUGUACAUGAGAACAUUCAUUUAUUGCAUGACUUUCUGGAUAUAUAAUCUAUGCAUUAUUUACAUAAGUUUAUUUUAGCCUGAGUGAUUUUCAGAUCAAGUACUUUAAGCCAUAAAUGACCAUGAACCAAGCAAUCUGAAUUUGUCUGUGUUUUUUUAUUAUCUGACAGAAUGCUUCUUAGAUGAAAGAACACACUAUAUUCCCUAUGCCUGAUUUUCUUGAUGUAAUUGAAAUAUUUCCUGGUUUUCCACACACUGCAAGACAAUAAAGCUUUUUAGUUGUAUCUACUCCUAUGUUGAUGUUAACCAAAAGAAAAAGAUUUUUUUUAGUUUGUUUUAGUGAAAAACUAUUUGGUUUGAAAUAAAGAUACACAGAAUAAAAAGAAGAGACUGAUAUGUUCAGUGAUUGUCAUCUGUAGCCACUGGCACAUCACUCUUACAUAAUCCUCAAAGAUUUGUCAUGCUGUAAGUGUAUGGUGGGUAGACUGCUGCUGGGAAAUGAUAUUCCUUAUUUAGUACUGAUAAGAAUUUUUAUCAAUUUUGGAAUUUUAAGAAUGACAUAAGUGAGUUUAGCAAUUGGGGUGGUUACCAAGGCUUAAUGUUACCAUUUGUUACUGAGUUGGGAGGAAAUGUUCGAUUUUCCCCACUUAGACAUAAGUCAGUUAAAAUAUUUGCUUUAAAAUCCCUAAAUACUUUAAGUAUAAUAUAGCUUAAGAUAUAUGUGUUAGAUAUAUAUAUGAGAAAUUUUAAAAGGUAACUGUUGUGCAUGCCUGAUGUAAUACAACAUUUACUAGCAUCAAGUGUUAUUUGCAGCAGUCUCCAUAAUUAUAUGCAGUCCCUUCUAGUACUGUGUCAAAGUAAAUGAAAAUAAAUAUGUUCAAAUUGGCUCUUUGGGGGCUUAUUUGAUAUGCAUCAAAUGACAUUUUGUUCCUGUGUUUAAUGGUGAUCUGUGUAUAUAUUUUCAUCAUUUACUCACUAUUUAAAAAAAGUCUGUUUGAAAUUCACAUAGAUUUUAAUAUAAAACUUGGGCUUUUUCUUGUAUAAUUAGUUGAGUAUUUAAGAGUCUUUUUCAGAAUUCUGUAGGAUAUGAACUAGAUAGGAUACUGUGGACUGCACAGUAAAUCAAUGUGUUGGAUGCAAAAUUUCUUCCAAUUGAAAAUAGACUCAGGAAGAUUGCAGCUCAGAUUACAUCUUAUGCUGUUCGUUUUCUGAGAUAUUUUUGUAUUUUAAGUUAGUUUAGACCCUUUUUUCUAGGUAUUUUGAAAGGGUAAAGGCUGUACUAUGUGUUUAUUUCUAAAUGUUUUGACCCAGACUUUGUCUUUUAAUGAAAUAUGUGAUUGUGGUAGCAAAACCCAUUUUUAGCUAAUAUUUGAAUUGCUUUUGAACACCACCACUGAACAGUUCCAUAUUAUAUAGUGAAUAUAGUUAUCUACUGAAGAUACUCUAUAUAGAACAGGAAAUAUAAAUUUGGUUUCCUGUGACCAUGACCAUGAUCUAAAUAGUUAUUCUUUUUUUUUUUUUUUUUUUUUUUGGUACCAGGGAUCAAACUUGGGUCCUUGGGCUUGCGCAGCAGGCAGCGAAACCACUGAGCUAAAUCCCCGGCCCAUAAGUAGUUAUUCUUAUCACACAAGAAGUUUGGUCUACAAGACCCCCAAAAGUUGGAAAGCUGGUCUACUUUGUGUAGAAAGGAAAACAAAGUGUGAAGUUGACAUUAUGAAAAUGAAAAUAAUUGGGAGUUAGAAUCUGAAUGUACUCAUCUAAAAGUAGUUGAAUUUUAAUCUUAAUUGGUUGUCACACUGGUGUGAUAUCUAGAAUUAAAGUCAGUACUUGUAAACUUUCAUGGUAUUUAGCUUUUUAAAAUUUUGUUUUAAACUUUCUAACGUACAUAUUUAAUUUCUGUAUUUAUAUUUAAUUGGUGGUUCAUGAUCUAUUUAAUGUAUCUUGAUUAGUUAAAAGAAAUGUUAGUAUGAUAUACAGCACUUAUAAAAGGGAACACUGUCUUAUAAAAGAUGAAUCGGUGGGAAGACAUAUGAAACAGUUUAUAUCUAAUAUAAAGCAUGGUCAGAGAAAUGGCCACAAUGAAUUAAAGCUUUAUAUCUGCUUUCUGAA